CAUGCGUGCCAUGAAUAACACCAUAGAUUUGGAUUUCCUUAGCUGCCAAGCAAUCGAAAGGGUGCUUAAAUCUUCAAAACGGGCAGACUUUUACGUUUUUGUAAUGACUUUUCUCCUGUUGUAAUAUGAAACAAGUGUCUGAUCAUGUCGAAAACUCUUCUGGCUCAGGAAGGAACAAGGGAAAGCAAUCCGUCUGUGGUGGUCCACUUAAGAAGAUCAGAAGGGUGGAACAAUCGGAGCAACAAAACAAUCCAUUAAAAUUUAUGUUUCCAUUUUCUCUUGAUGACAACCCUGAAUCAUCUAUCGCAACCCCAUCAAAGAAGAAUCAAGAGAUGAUCUCUUUCAGUAAUGGAGAGGAUGAAUAUGAUCACCGGAAAACCCAGGUGCAGCCUGUGGCAAAGCUAUAUAGAGGGGUGAGGCAACGGCAAUGGGGUAAAUGGGUAGGAGAAAUACGUCUUCCUCGUAGCAGGAAUAGACGUUGGUUGGGAACUUUUGAGACUGCUGUUGAAGCUGCUUUGGCUUAUGAUCAUGAGGCCUUCAAGUUGAGAGGACAUAAAGCGCGACUCAAUUUCCCACAUCUAUUCAUCAACGAUCAAAAACAAACCCUGCUUCCAUCUUUACCAUCUGAUCAGUCUUUGCAACCAUGCAAAGAAGAAGAUGUCGAGCCUUUGGUCAAUGGGUUGGAACCAGGUUCAAGAAACGAUGAAGUUCUGAAUGGUUUUGGGACGAAUGAUAGCUUGUUCGAAUAUGGUGAACCAGCAUGGGAAACCAUGGGAGCCAAAGGUGGUAGCUUUAUAUGGGAUGACUUUGAGCCCAAUUUUUUGAGUCCGUGAUAACUUGAUUAAUAUGCGUAUAUAUAUGGUUUCUUUAUAUAACUGAAAUCGUAAUUAUUAAACCAUAUGAACUGCGAUUCUACCUCAUCAUUUUCAUGAGAGUAAACUCGUAGCCUACAAAUUUAUUACUUAGGUAUAUUUUGACUCCUGAACUUUUUAUUUAAUUGAUCGUAACAAGGGUACUAGUUGGUUCAUAUCUGAACCAAGCUUGAGCCUAUACGUACGGUUUACUUGUAAAUUUACAUGUUUACGAGGAUAUGAUUUUCAACUGCUGCUUCAUUA